AUGUCGCUAUAUAAUUCUGUUUAUUUGGGACAUGGAAGAAAGACAGUGUAUACGGCAGUAUGUGGCUUCGAUAAAGACAUUCACCUCAUUAUACGUUGCUCGACUAAAGAAUAUUACCAUUACACCUGGUCAGCAAAAUUUUUAGCCGAUCAACAAAAACUGAAGAAGGAAAAUGGAAUAGAUAAAUCAGCCGAAGCCAAUAGAUAUUACGACUAUGUGAAAUAUAUGCUUGAGCAUAUCGAUAGCCUGUUUGAUUUCUACAAUGUUUCUAGCGGGAAAAAAUGGCUCACAUUAUAUCAAAAUCAAUAUUCUAGAGAUGGCAUGUUCGGCAAGGACUCUGUAAAGCUAAAAGGGAACCUGUGUGGAGUCACGGGAAUCUUAUGGAAGACACUAAAUAAUAGGGAAAGAGACGGCCGACUGAUUGCUGUUACAAUUGAUAAAUAUAAUUACUCAAACAAUCGCAGUAGCUGCCAUCUUAAAAAGUUGAAGCCACUUGAGCAUAUCUGCGGCCAUAGUAUCUUGGAAUUCAUAUCCUGUAGAAUAUCAUGGCAGCGAGAUAUCAACGCGAGUAAAAAUAUGAUGACAAUAUCACUUCGACUUGGAGAGGAAUUGGUCGACAGGCCGCUUUCCAAAGACCUAAAAAAAAACAGCAAUAAUAACAGUGAAACCUCCACCACACCCCCACAUUACUGUAUUAUGAAUAGCUUGUCUCUUUCGAGAGAUUUAGAUAAUUACAGGUUCCUAACUUGUCUCAAUCUCAAGUAA